AUCAAGUUCAAGGAUGCUGUCGGCCGCAAGUUUAGCUUCCCGUUCGAUUUAUGUAAGACUUGGAAGGGCAUGGAAGAACUCAUCAAACAGGCAUUCCUCCACGUCGAUGUGAUUGGCCCUCAUGUACACCAAGGCCACUACGAUCUUGUCGGUCCUGACGGCGAGAUCAUCCUGCCCCAGAUCUGGGAGGUUGUCCUCCAGCCC